GUGAUGGAGAUAAUAUGAUGGAGAUACUUGGAGGACUCCAGGCUAGCUCCAAAACAGAUCUCAUCACCAUGGUGCUGAGCAUGCACAGAGAGAUGGACAACCUCAGAGAACAAAUCCGAUGUCUCACAGCUUGUGGAAAACUGGCGCAAAACCUUGAGAGCUUGAUGGAGACAACCGACUUCUGGUUGAAUAACACCACAAGAGCUACGUCACCCAGCUUGCUGAGGCCCACCGAGGGCAGAGAUGUUCCUACUGUGUACACAAACUCUUUUGUGGCAAACGGGAGGCUGGCCCAAAUGGAGACGGCGAAUCACCAUCAAGGAGUCCAGACAGGAGCCAAUGAUGAGGACCCAGAGGAGGAAACUCCUCCCCUUUUCCAAGACUUUAUUACGACUGACCUGCUCGAGCGCUGCAACACGGGGACCACAGCUCAGAAACUGACCAACGACCUUUUGUGUGGGCUAUAUGAGAGGGACUGCCUGGCCUCACGUUCAAUCUCGGGCAUCGUCAACAACAACCGAGGCCAGCCAAAGCCUGCCCUGCCAGCGCACGAAGUCCAGGCCGUUCUGAGGGCAGUAAAGUACUUUUUCCCUGGGAAGACCGACUCAGAAAUCAAGGGCUACAUUCGACAGAAGCUGCAGAAUGAGGCCAAGCGACUCCGGAAGAAACAUCACCCUGCGACCGCGGCGUCAGCAGCAUCCGACAGAGGAGUGGGAUCGGAGCUCCCCAGCGCAUAGCGCGACGCCUUACUCUAUGGUAUAUUGGGCUCUCGGGACUUUGCCUCCUCCGAUAGCGUCUGAAGUGUUUGAAUUGAUAGCACUGAGAGAGAUUAGGGCUCAGAGGAAAUCCUGGCCACUCGUGUGUUGGCGUUCUGACUUACAGUAGCUUGUCGAGGACCACCUGAGACAGAAGUGAUGCCUACUGCUCUACCUUAGUGAAGUGGAUCGAGUCAUUAAAGAGAUUUUGUGGAGAACUAGCUACUUGUCAUGUUACCUGUCAGUCAUAGAGCUGUGUAUUGCAUUCCCAAGUGUUUGAUGUUGGUCUGGUUGAAUUAAGUAACUAAUGAUGAAAUCAAUUUACAGUCAAAAUAACAGGUUGGUGAAAACUGAGAUAAAAUCAGCUAACAGUGGACAUUUUUCAGUGUUAGAGGACAGCUAACUGUCAAAACUGUCCUUUGCGACUUUAAAUGAUGCACUUCUACUUAGUGUACCUAUCCAGGUGUCUUUUUGGA